AUGGCCACCACGACAAUCACUGUUGCCCCCGAGUUUCGAUCCAGCCUCCAAUUCCAAGGGCGCGAGAAAUACAACUUCGCCGAGGCAUUUAUUCCGGCUCUCACGACACAAUGCCACGCGUCAAAUCUUCUUCUCCUUCCCAAUGGCGAUCUCCUCUGCGCUUGGUUUGGAGGCAGCAUUGAGGGCCGACCCGAUAUUUGCAUUUACAUGUCUCGUCUUCCAGCCCAUUCAAAUAACUGGGAAGAUGCGGUGAAAAUGACUCAUGAUCACACUCGAAGCGAACAAAAUCCCGUCUUCUUCCGAGUUCCCUCUACGGGAGAAAUCCGGCUCCUAUACACAUCGCAAGAUGCGGGAAACCAAGACUCUGCAAUCGUGAAGCAAGUGGCUUCCAUUGACGGAGGGAAAAGUUGGACGGAUCCUACAGUACUCUUUGAAGAACGGGGUACAUUCAUCAGGCAGCCCAUUCAGGUCCUCAAAGACGGAACAUGGGUUGUACCAAUCUUCAAAUGCCGUGCAGAGCCAGGUGAGCGAUGGCUUGGAAGCGAUGACAUAUCGUGCAUUCGCAUAUCCACGGAUGAAGGACGCACUUGGUCGGAGAGAGAAGUACCCAAUAGCUAUGGAUGCGUCCACAUGAAUAUCCGGGAGCUCAGCAAUGGUACCUAUCUGGCUCUCUACCGAAGUCGUUGGGCCGAUAACGUGUACAUGUCAACAUCCUCCGAUGGCCUUGACUGGAGUGAGCCCAAGGCGACAAUUUUACCAAACCCUAACGCAGGAAUCUGCUUCGAUGUUCUACCUUCCGGAAGAGUCGUCCUCGUCUAUAACCAUUCUUCGAAGAAAGACGCUGUCGGUCGGCGAGAUGGUCUUUACGAUGACAUCAGUGAUGAAAGCGAUACAAGAACCAAUCAGAAGAACAAGCAUGGAAAGGAGGCUUUUUGGGGUGCGCCAAGAGCACCACUUUGUGUUGCUUGGAGCGAUGAUGAUGGAUCUUCUUGGAAGUGGAAGACCUUGGAAGAAGGAGAUGGGUAUUGUUUAACAAAUAACAGCGAACAGAAGCUGAAUCGGGAGCUUUCAUACCCCAGUAUCACCAUUCAGAGCGACGGUUCGCUUCACAUCGCGUUUACCUUCUGGAGGCAGCGGAUCAAGUACGUCCGCCUAGGAGAAGACUUUUUAAGUUAA